CGUAUAUGUUGUUUGAUAAGGUAGCCUAUAUUAUAUGCUAUCAGUUUAUGAAGUAAAAUAAAGUAGAGGGAAGAAUAAAGGAUAUGUGCUUUUGGAACUCUUUAAAAAGAACUGAGUGAAAAAAAGUUUGUAAAAUGAUUUCUAACAUCCCUUAUAUGGUGCAUCCCAAUGCGGUUUUCAUAAAUAUGUUUCAGAUCCAGUUGAUUAUCCUGUUCUUAACUGGAAUGUCACCAUGAUCACUGUUAUAUCCUGCAUUGUGAACAUCUCAUGCAGUGGGAGUGAUCAUCAUACCAUCAGUGGCAGCUAUUAUAGCAACAACUGCAGUCAGGAGGAAGUGGCAUCAUUUGGAAUCCAGACUCUUAUCUUGAAUUGUAAAGAGGACAUCGUUAUUUGUAACUACAGCAACCCAGUCAGCUGGAAGAAUGACACAAUACAGAUUAAACAGAUCUGUACAAAUGAGAUUCCUGAAGAAAACCACACUUCUUCUCCUCUCAGUUGGCUCAUAGUCAUUCUUAUUAGUGCCUCAUUGUUGAUUUUAGUUGCAGCUCCUGUAAUAUACCACUAUUAUAAGAAUCAUAACAAUGGUGCCCAGCAGAAUGAGCAUACAAUCUAUGCGCAAGUUCAGCUAAAUAGAAAAGUACAAAGACCCCUGGACGUGUUGGAGAAAUCAGAGAAUCCUCAAACUGUGUAUGGAUUUACAGAAGAGCACAGACACCCUCACAAAACCGCUCAGACAAAGUCCAGUUCAGAGAUACCAGCAGAGAAGCAAACAAACAAUCACCCCAGCACCACCUACAGUACAAUUGGACAACACAAAAAAUCAUUUGACACUGAAACAGACCAUACAGUUUAUUCAAUAGUGUGUAAAUCCUCAAAUGACAGACCACCUGUGCAUUAA